AUGCUGGGUCUCUUGCGCCGGGUUGCAGCUGGCGAAAAGACGGCGCUGACAAAAAGCAUUCGUUUAAUAUGGGCGACACGGUCACUUGAAUUGAUGAACUGGGUCCGCGCUGAACUUCAAAACAUUAACGAGUUGCAAGAUGUGACUGGCAUUAAAGUCUCUGUCGAGGUGUUUGUUACUCGUAACGCGAAUGAGUUGGUUCAGUCUUCAAAAGGAUUCUUUGUUACUUGCAAUGCACGUUUUGACACGAAAUUAGUGCUUGCCCAAGAGGUGGAGUAUGCGAAAGAGAUGGGAUCGAUCACGAUGGGCAUCCAAGCGUGCGGCUCUUCGGAUUUGGUGAUAGCUGUUUCGAACGAAGCUGCACGGUUGAACUACAAUGUUCUCCGUGGCCGUCUUGGCACUCUAAAGGAUAUUGUCCUUAAAACGGAACGUUUCAUUAUGUAA